CUUGACCGCAACCACUAGUGAUGGCGUUCCUGCAAGAAGAAGACAACACGGGUGUCUUCGAAGCGGCGCUAAGCUUUGUAGACGAAUGCUCAGUUGACUGUCCUGGCCCCUGUACGAGGGGUUUAACACCCCCAGCAGCGUUGGAGCUGCCGUCAUUCAAGAGCGAGCAAUAUCGCGCGGUCUUAAUUGGGGGCCCGUCCUUCUCCAUUGACUGUCGAGAAGCAGCGACGAUGGUGCCGCUUAACAUGAAAACCCUUAUCAGCGGGGCAAUCGCCUCCGAAUUUCGGCCGAGUUUACCACGAUGUCAUGAGAUCAUGACUCAACCAAACGCUACAAAGACCAAGAAGGUCCCAGCCAACCCGAACCGAGUUCGUGACGAGGUUCAAUAUGAAUUGGCUUUCCUUCGGCAAAAGGUGGCGGAGCUGGAGCUGCAAUUAAACAAAAUGCAUCUAAAGACAACAUCGACUGGAAAAGUGAAUGCGAAGGCGUCGCUACCGAGGCCAUUAAUGCAAGUGCCGCUAGUCUGGAAAGAGAUGGCAGCUCGACAGCAACGACGGCGAGAGGGAGCUCAGCGCGAAAAUGUGCGGUUGAGGCUUAUUGUCGAACGUAAACGAAAGAUGGCGACGGGGCUGAGUGCGCUACUGCGGAAACGACUUACACAGCAGGGAGCGGAAUGCUUGCGUGGGAAAGGAUCACACACUACUGAACAACGGACUGCGUGCGUGCUGGACUUCCAAGGUGACAUUGGGGAUUUCCAUGACCUAUUCCAGCACCUUCAGAUCGCAUACCAUGAAAUCGACUCAGUCUUUGCUGCGAGCGGACUUUCAACGAUGGACUUUCCUGCUAACGAUGUUCAUGUCAGAGAAGGUGUAGACGGCAAGUACAUCGAAGUUUUUGCAAACAAAUUAUUACCUUUCAGCCUGCACAAAAGUGGAGAGGCUGCGUGGGACCAUUUUAAGGGCGUUGAAAAGCACUUCGGCAAUGGAGGCUUGUAUGAGAAGGCAGCAAAGAACCUAGAUCAGCCUUAUACCAUAAUCGAAGACUUUACAAAGGAAAUGUUCUCGAACAAUUCACGGGCGGAUGUGAAGGCGAAGCAGAUCGUGCAGCGUGUCGUAGGUGUGGAUCGAGACAUGAUUCUUUUCGUUUCAAGCGUGACUCCUGUUGAAAUCAAGCACAAACCAAUUGAUGGACUGGUUUACCACGCGCGAGAGUAUGCUUUGACCAAGCGUUUUUCAACGGAAGAGCACGAUCUAUCGCUCUUACAGCUUUACGUGCGAAUUUCUUUCGACUAUGAUCCUGGCGUCGUAUUCGACUCCCGCCACGUUCGCUCGGUCGCCCAGUUCCUCAUUGGUAACGUUGCCGGCAGCCUUCGGUGCUAUCAAGAACGUAUCGAAAACGCAUUGAUUGACCAAGCAUUGAGACGACUACAUGUAUAA